AUGAUUGGGCUAGCGGAAAAACUGCAGGAACUCGAAGACGUACGGCACACCAUAUACGCCGACGACAUCACCAACUGGGUGCACGAAGGCAGCGACGGUCACAUCGAAACGGCGCUUCAACUAGCAAUUGACACAAUAGAGGAACACCUCAUGGAUGACAUCAUGGAUAAUAUUGCUGGUUCACGGUACUUUGCCUGCCUGGACCUAAUGGUUGCUUACUGGCAGGUUCGUGUGCGUGAAGAAGACCAAGCAAGAAUUGCUUUCAGCACCCACCACAGCUCAGCCGACCUACAGCGAUCGCCACUCCCAGGACGUCCACCCGAGUGCUUAGACUAUUCUCACAGUCAAGACAUCAAGCAGUCCCUUUUCCUAGACCAAAGGGACUUGGCCAAAGAGGGGCCGGAUGUAAGCAGUCUGACUAGUAGCGCCACCUACCAGCCUCAGCACACAGCCAGCCCCGAAGACAAGCCUAAGCGUGGAAUAUUAACCACAAAGGACCUCUUGACGUACAAGGUCCGCAACGAAGAGCCAGUACUGCGGAAGUUUUCCGACGGCCGCACAAUGUUCUCGGUGCCACCACCGGCCAGUGGUUCCGUGCUUGCCUACAUAUUGGGCAUUAUAGAUGAGCUCAAGGAAAAGCCCGAUGAAGCGAUUGCCGACGACGUUUUGAACUACCACAGAUUCAUCGAGGCUCUUAAAUUUGCCUACGCGACGAGAGCGCUCCUCGGGGAUCCAGACGAUGAGAUAUCGGUUAAAAAAGUGGCAAAGGACCUUUUGUCAGUAGAAGCCCCCAAGACCUCCCGAGCCAAGAUCGACGAUUCCAAGACUCAUGAUGACCCCAGUUUCUAUGGAUUCGUCGAAGAAGAUACCAGGGACAGCGGCGCUUCCCAUUCUUGCUUCUGGGACAAGGACAACAACGUAGUGGCCAUAUCGAGUUCCGUGAACAACAUUUUCGGCAGCAAGCUGGUCCCCGAGGGCACUGGCUUCGUGCUGAACGACCGGAUGAAUGCCUUCUCAAAGCCAGGUGCCUCCAACAAACAUUCGACCGCAAACUACAUGAAGCCGGAAAAAAUGCCUCUAUCAUCUAUGAUGCCAACCAUAAUCCUUGACAAAAACGGCAACCCCGAAAUGUGCAUCGGCGGUUCUGGAGGAUCCCGCAUGGCCUCCGGCGUGGCCUUGGUUGCGAUGCGCGCUCUCUGGCAAGGGAAGACAAUCAAACAAGCCAUCGAUCAACCGAGAGUGCACCACCAAUUAUUGCCAGCUGAACUGGAGGUGGAAGACUUUUUUCCGGAGCACUACCAGAAGCAAUUAAACGACAAAGGCCACAAAAUCAAGAUCACGGAAGCUAUUCUUAACACUGUCAGUGGCAUCCAGAAGCGAGAUGGCCGGCUCUUCGCCAACGCCGACUUCAGGAAAGAUAGCUCCGUCGACGGGGACUGA